AUGGCGUCUUAUGGAAAUGGUAUUGAUGAAGAAUGGAUGAAUCUGAGCUCAAUGUUCUCUUGUGAUCAAGAUUCCAGUCAUUUCGCAGGCCAUGGGUUGUUCUCAGAUUCUCAUCCCUACCCAUGCCAAGAUAUUUUCCAGUUUUGCGACUCUGAAACACCUACAAAUAAUGUGUCCCAUCAGUCUAAUAAGGAUCUAUCUACGAUGGAAGGUGACAGUAGCAAUUACUUGUUUCUAGCUAAGGUGUUUUCUGAUGAUAUAAUGGAAGAAAUACUUUGUUUGAAACAAGAUGAGGAGAUGGAGAAGGGUAAAAUGGACCACUCCGUUAUCAAGAGGAAAUAUGAAAUGCUUGAACUUCCCACUACUUUCCAAGAUGGAGACAACAAUGAAAAUUUUGAAAACCCCAAAAAGAAAACUCGGGUUGCAAGAGAUAAUAAAAACAAGAAGAAUUCGCCACUAAAGAACCAGAAGAUGAUGAGUGCUACAAAUAGCAAUGAAGAUGAAACGGAAGAGAGACAUCAAAACAAUGAGAAAAUUACAAACAAAAAUAAUGGAAAAGGGAAUAUUGCACAAAGUCUUAGUUCUAGUUGCUCCGAAGACGAUUCAAAUGUUUCUCAAGAUUUAAAUGAAGGACCAAUUAACUUAACUGCGAAAACAAGAGCUGGUAGAGGCGCUGCAACUGAUCCGCAAAGCAUCUAUGCAAGGAAAAGAAGAGAAAGAAUUAAUGAAAGACUAAGAAUCCUUCAAAACAUUGUACCAAAUGGGACAAAGGUUGACAUUAGCACAAUGCUUGAAGAAGCAGUUCAUUAUGUGAAGUUCUUGCAGCUUCAAAUUAAGUUGCUGAGCUCCGAUGAUAUGUGGAUGUAUGCUCCAAUAGCAUAUAAUGGAAUGGAUAUGGGUCUCUACCAGAAUAUUUCACCCGCCAUAUAAAAGUCACCUUUAAGAACUUUUUGUUCAUUACCUAAUUAGUUACUUCACUCAAGAAACCAAAACAUAUUAUAUAAUCCGACGUGUAUUUAUAAUGUAAUUACGGAAUAUAUUUUUCUGGAUCAAGAUAUUGAUUUCAUGAGG